AAUAAACGAGACCGAACAAAAAGAAAGUGGAACCGCAAUUACUGCGCCGGCGUGCGGGCACCCAACAACGCCUAACACUUCCCCCGCAAACUUCCCGAAGCCCGCCGCCGGAAUCCGAGGAAUCCGACUCCCGCCGCGACGGAUGGAAGGAGCCCACCUGGUCCAGCCGGCGGUGGCGGCGCUCGUCGCGGCUUUCGUGGCGGCCAGAGCCUACCGGCGGAAAUCGCUCGACCUCUCCGGGGCGCUCGCCGGGUUCCUCGUCAUGGCCGUCCACAUCGCAGCUGGGUACAGGUACGGAGCCAUGCUGCUCGUUUUCUUCUUCAGUUCAUCGAAGUUGACCAAAGUCGGGGAGGAGAAGAAGCGCAAGGUUGACGCUGAUUUCAAGGAGGGUGGACAGAGAAAUUGGAUACAGGUCCUAUCAAAUAGUGGCAUCGCUACGGUUCUCGUGGUGGUUAUCUGGACAUUAACUGGAUGGAAGGAUGAGUGUUUGGACUCCAGAAAAUCAUCUCUGGUUACUUCACUUAUUGGUGGCGUAAUUGGUCACUAUUGUUGCUGUAAUGGUGACACAUGGUCUUCAGAGCUCGGAAUUCUUAGUGAUGAGCAGCCGCGACUAAUCACAACCUUCAAGCCUGUGCGGAAGGGCACGAAUGGUGGUGUGACUGUUCAGGGACUAAUGGCAGCUGCAGCGGCGGGUGCUGUAAUGGGGAUAUCAUUCGUGCUUGUUGGAUUUCUCACAACAAAAUGCACGUUGGAUGUGGCUUUGAAGCAAUUAUUAGUGAUACCCCUUUCAACAUUGGCGGGAGUUUGUGGUAGCGUCAUAGAUUCUCUGCUUGGAGCCACGUUACAGUUCAGUGGUUUCUGUUCAGUUCGGAAUAAGGUUGUUGGUAAACCGGGGCCAACAGUCAAGAAGAUUUCGGGACUCAGCAUUUUAGACAACAAUGCUGUGAACCUCGUGUCGAUAUUGACGACCACUAUGCUGACCUCCAUCGCCUGCGUGUACAUCUUCUGAAGUCAUCUGUUCAAACUGAAUAAUUCCGGAUAGAUUGCAAAGUUGGCUCUUACGGGGCCCUAACUGAAUAACUCCUUGCAGGUUGCAGGGCCCUAUGCAAUCACACAAAUUUUUUUUUCUUUUGUAAGCUGUGAACAGGGCAAACUUAAUAAUCCUUGUGAUGAUAUCUGAGUUGGCUAUGAAUUGAGGAAAUAUAGAAGACAAUUGUUUAUCAUCUUAACAA